AUGCAGAUCGAACAUCUGGGCACUGUUACCUCCAUUAUCACAGAUGAUGGUGGAUGCACCCUCAUUAUAUCGAACUCUGCACCCAUCCUUGGCGAUUGCCACGUUGGUGAUUCGAUCGCCGUGAACGGGGCGUGCCUCACUGUAACGGAGUUUAACGAGAGAGAACGUGGCGGGUGGUUCAAGGUAUGGUUAGCGAACGAAACCCUUGACCGGACAGAUUUAGGAGAGCGACGUGAAGGCGACGAAGUAAACCUUGAGCGUGCCAUGGGUGCUCAUACGCGUUUCGGAGGUCAUUUUGUGCAGGCUCAUGUGGAUACGACAGCCACUAUCGUGGACCGGGAGCCCGACGGCGACUCUCUUCGUCUCCUCUUCCAGCUUCCGGAACCAACGGCUACCCGCCCUUCACUCCUCCCAUACAUAAUUCCCAAAGGAUACGUCACAAUCGAUGGCGCUUCUCUGACAGUCACCGCGGUGGAUGACGAGAGGCGAGCUUUUGGUGUCAUGCUGAUACAGCAUACGCAGGAGAAGAUCACUCUCGGAAGGAAAGCGAACGGUGCGAAGGUGAAUAUUGAGGUUGAUAUGGUUGGCAAAUACGUUCAGAAGAGCGUCUCGGCGGCGCUAUCAGGAGCUGGAGAUGGAAAUAUACGGUCGCUGAUUGAGAGGGUUGUCGAGGACGUGCUUGUGAAGAAAGGCGUACUAUAGGUACACCGUGGUCUUCGAGCUUAACCAGAUGUCUGAUUUCGAGGCACAGAGCCCAGGCUGGUGUAUAGUUUGCGAAGUAUGCAAG